UUUUUAUAAAUAUAAAAUGGCUAAAAUACUAACCUUGACUAUUGUAUUAAUAGCCCUCUUAACUAGUGCUCAUGCCCUGAACAUUAAGGAGGCAGUUAAAGUUGAGGAAGAAUCAACUGCCAUCUUCGCUAUUGGCGAAGAUGGAGAUUACCAACUCUUCGGAUUCAGCUUCCGUGGAAUAUUCUUUAGCUUCGUCAGGUCAUGGCUAAAGGGCUACAUUGCAGGCUAUGAAGGAAGAUUUUCCGUUCCAGGUGACUGUGUUGAUAAGGAGUUCCAAUCUCAUGUCAGUGAGAGAGGUUGGCAAGCAUUCACAACUGUCUUAACUUUCUGGAGACAUAGCAGCGAAACCAUCCAAAAUAGAGUUCUGAUGUUCUUAAUCGUAGUUGCUGACGAAGUGAUGAAUGACUGUGGAGGUGGUCUGAUCUUAAUAGACCUCUUCAAUCUUUGGAGUGAUACAGGAUCUAUAUGGAGAUUUGGAUUGAGAAUUUUCUUGCAUGCUUUAUAUACUUUCCCCCUUCUAGCGGUUUGGGGAGUGGUCAGCAUUGCAUGCAACCUCAUUUUCUUCUUCUGGGGCGGAGGCUUUGGAGCAGGCAACUUCCUCCAAGCAUUGAUCGUUGGCAUGGGAUGGCCAUGGGACUAAUCUAUUCUAUAU